AAUUAUUUAGUAUUUUGUUUCCCCAGAUUCCAGUAACUAUUGAUGAUCUUGAGGGCAAAAAGGACCCCGUUAUUGAAGACUCCGAGCACAAUGUGUACACCAGGUUUAUGAAGUCUCAUCGCUGCUAUGAUCUUGUACCUACCAGCUCCAAGCUAGUUGUGUUUGACACAUCACUUCAGGUGAAGAAGGCUUUCUUUGCUCUGGUGUCUAAUGGGGUGAGAGCAGCGCCUCUGUGGGACAGUAAGAAACAAUGCUUUGUUGGGAUGCUCACCAUCACAGACUUCAUUAACAUCCUGCAUCGCUACUACAAGUCACCAUUGGUUCAGAUUUAUGAAUUAGAAGAACACAAGAUUGAAACAUGGAGAGAACUGUACCUUCAAGACUCCUUCAAACCUCUGGUCAGCAUUUCUCCCAAUGCGAGGUGAGCAGCAGCACUUGAAACCUUUGUGAUUUGUUUUAACAUUAAAGUCUUGAUGGAACAAACAACCUAACGUUUUUUGUA